UCAGAAUAUAUAAAUUAAAAUAAAUUUUUGCCAUUUUCGAUGCGAAUUUUAUUUAGUUACCUAGAAAAAGUUAUGCAAAGUAAAUCAAAACAUGUAAUAAUAUCGAGAAACGUGCACAAUGUGUCCACUGGUAUUUCUCUUCUUGAUUAGUGUGACAACAAUUAGGGAAAUUUUUUCCCAAAAUUUGAUUAACGAAGACUCCUCUUUCUUGAGCCAACUCUUCAACGUUUCGAUCAACAACAUCGCAGCUGUUGCUAAUGGUUUUUCCUUCAUCAACAUCCCAACAGAUAACGUUAAAUUCUUUUUAUUCGAACGCACUAGCAAUCAAACUAUCACUCUCAACCGUGACGACCAUCUGGAGCACCUAGUACCAUCAGAUCCGACCAUUUUAAUAACUCAUGGGUGGACAGAUCAGGAAACAGCAUCAUGGAUCCAAGACAUGGCAUUUUUGUACCAUAAAAAACGCAACUACAACGUUAUUGCAGUGGACUGGUCAAUCGAUGCCGACAAAAACUACAUCUACUCAUCAUCAGCAACUCAAUCUGUUGGUAUCAUUAUUGGUGCUUUCCUAAUCCAAGUCUCAAAACAUGUGGAAAACUUUUUCGAAAAAGUUAACUUAAUCGGGCAUUCUUUAGGCGCCCAAGUUGUAGGAUUUGCAGGAAAGUACGUGGAAAACUCCACAGAUUCCAAACUUGAUAGAAUCACGGGUUUAGACGCUGCAAGCCCCCUUUUCGAAACCCCAAUUUUGAGGCCCCCUGAACUGCGAUUGGCUGACAGCGAUGCCAAUUUUGUUGAUCUUAUUCACACAGCUUUAGGAGUUGGGUAUAUUGGGGCUCUUGGAACGCCGACUUUUAUUUUUAAGGGGGGACCAAUCAAUUACAUUGUACAGAUGACUUACUAUAGAUCGCGUCUUGUAAUCACCGAAGCUCACGUGUCUACUAUUCGGAGAUUAUAUUAGAGCCAAAAAAGUACGAGGCAACCAAAUGUGAGGAUGUUGUACGAUUUAAUUUAGGGUUGUGUGACGAUAACGACAAGACUUAUAUGGGGGAUGAGGUUAGCCGAAGUACGAGAGAGAUUUUUUUUUAUUAAUGUUGAUAGAAAAGAAAAUGAAGAAACAAAAUAAAACGUAUAAAAAUCGUUA